AUGUUCGCCAAAACGUUCUUCUCGGUCGUCGCUGCAUCGGUCCUCUUUGCGGCUUCUGCGUCUGCCAUCUGUCCCGGGUACAAGUUCGGUAUCGUUCAGGCUGGAGGCCAAACGAACGGCAACAACGGCGUUUGGCAGGUGUACGAUAACUCUUGCAACGUCGUUCACCAGGCGACUGGGCAGAUGCCGUGCGGUGGUGGCGUGUUCGACUGCAACUCUGCCAAGACCACCUUCACCGGCUUACACCUCAAUGGUGCCAACUAUGCUUGCAGCCCCGACACGAACGCUGAUUCUUGCAAUGGCCAAGCUAUUCAAGUCUGUUGUGUCAAGGAGGCUAGGAGCAAUGGACGUUAG